GCUAAUGAUUUUCUCACUUAUCGUCUCGGUCAAAUAAUUCUAUUUCUUUGCUCUCCUGCUUGUAUUCUCAUUUUUUUUCCAAACGAUUUGUAUAGUUCAACUUAAAAUAUACUCGUCAUUUUCCAAAACAGAUAAAACGUCUACAAUGUUUCCUUCGGUGGUGCGUGCUUGUUCAAAAUUAUCCCGCGGAGUCAUGGCUGUUGGGCGACAGUCAACAAUCAAACCGAUCACAGCCGUUUCUGCGAGGUUUAUGUCUGAACACAAAGAGGAGACCGACGAAGAGUUCUACUCAAGGUAUGAAGCGUACUUCAACCGCAGCGACAUUGACGGAUGGGAAACGAGGAAAGCAAUGAAUGAUUUGGCAGGUCAAGACGCGAUUGCUGAACCAAAAGUGAUUAUUGCUGCUCUGAAAGCUUGUCGCCGUCUCAACGAUUAUGCCUUGGCAAUUAGGUUUCUAGAGAAUGUGAGAAUCAAAAGUGAAAUCGAUAAAAGCAUCUAUCCUUACAUCUUACAAGAAAUCUCACCAACUCUUCAAGAAUUAGGUAUAGACACACCCGAAGGUCUUGGGUAUGACAAACCAGAAUUAGCAUUGGAUGAUGUUGAUCACAUUUAUUAAUAAUAAUUAAUAUAUUUCUGUGAUCACUGGUGUUCACUGUUCCAGUUAAAAUGUAUGUUAGACAU